AAAUGGCGACGAGAAGUAAGUGAUGUCGCUUCCGAGGCGAGCCGCAAGACAUCAACACGGACAAGGACGCGGAGGUUCAGGUCUCCUGGGGUCGACGAGCAACGAGUGAGUGGCAUGGCCGUCCGUGGUCUCAAGAUCCUCGCUUGCAUCUGCCUGAUGUCGCUCCCGGGAUCUGUCUGGGCCGUCCGCAUCUCGCAGAUCUGGGCCAACAGCACCGCACUCCAGGUGCACUGGCGUCCCGGCGGCGGUCGCUUCUGCCUGUGCCACGCGACGGCCGAGCACUUCCAGCAGGGCCUGAGCUCGUUCGACUGCAUCCCGUACCACCGGGAGUCGCGCUGCGACAUGUCGGACUUCGGCAACUGCUCGGGCACCACAUCCGGGGGCCUGAGCUGCAGCGCCCAGAACGCCUCGGCGGGACCCUCGGUGCUCUCGGGGCUCAGGCCUGGCAUCACGUACGCCUUCUGCGCCAUCGACGGGAACCCGCUGGCCGCGUCGGGCUUCGACGACCACGCUCUCUGCACCCGCACCUGGACCAUGGACUCUGAGCUCAACUUCCGGGCCUCGGUGUACUCGAACUUCAUGGUGGGCUUAAAGUGGCGCAUGGGCAACGAGACCGAGCAGCUGCUCAACGUGCGCCUGUGCAGCUCGGCCGACGGCUGCGAGUUCGCCUGCAAGGACAACCUUAUCGACGUGCGCCGGGAGAAGUUCGUCGCCUGGGCCGACCUGACCACGCAGAAGUUGAGGAUGCAGGUCCGCCGCACCGACGGCGCCCUGCUCUACGAGAACGUCUUCGACUCGCGCAAGGAAACCCCGAACCGUCCCUGCUCAAUGACGGCGUCAGCGCUGGGCACGUCCACGGUGCGCGUGAGCUGGGAGCUAGACGGCGCCGCAGACGGCUUCGUGGUUUCCCACUGCUGGUUCCGGCUGUGUCGCAGCCGCGUGUACCCGGAGCCCACGCUGCGGCACGUGUACGUGAAUGGCCUGCUGUGCUGGAGCAGGUACCGCUUCUCCGUGGCCGCCUUCCGCACCAUCAACCGGACGGGAGUCGCGCUCAGCGAGCCCAUCCACGCGGAGGUGGACACCGGCGGCGGUGAGACGCGCUUCGAGCACAAGCAGCCGGAACGGCACACCACCUUCAAGAUAAAGAUAACAGGGUCGUAG